CCGCUUCCUCCCUUGCGACGUCACGCAGUUGAGCCAAAAUGGCGUCGCGCUACUACCAGACGAUGCAGGAGAGUUUCAAAACGAACAACAAAAGUCGCGAGUUCCCGGCGCAUUCGGCCAAAGUUCACUCGGUGGCGUGGAGCUGCGACGGCAGAAGACUCGCGUCGGGAUCUUUCGACAAAACCGCCAGCGUUUUUGUCCUGGAAAAAGACCGACUGGUGAAGGAGAACAACUACCGUGGGCACAGCGACAGCGUGGAUCAGCUGUGCUGGCACCCCACCAAUCCGGACCUCUUCGUCACGGCGUCGGGUGACAAAAGUGUGCGAAUAUGGGACGUGCGCACCACUAAGUGCAUGGCCGUCGUCACGACUAAAGGCGAGAACAUUAACAUCUGCUGGAGUCCGGACGGCCAAACGAUCGCUGUGGGUAACAAGGAUGACGUGGUCACCUUCAUUGACGCCAAAACCCACAAGACCAAGGCCGAGGAGCAGUUCAAAUUUGAAGUCAACGAGAUCUCGUGGAACAACGACAACAACAUGUUUUUCCUCACCAACGGCAACGGAUGCAUCAACAUACUCAGUUACCCCGAGCUGAAGACCAUCCAGUCGAUCAAAGCUCACCCUUCCAACUGCAUCUGCAUCAAGUUUGACCCGACGGGCAAAUACUUCGCCACGGGCAGCACGGACGCUCUGGUCAGUCUUUGGGACGUAGACGAGUUGGUGUGCGUGCGCUGCUUCUCCAGGCUGGACUGGCCCGUGAGGACGCUAAGCUUCAGUCACGAUGGGAAGAUGUUGGCGUCGGCGUCGGAGGACCACUUCAUCGACAUCGCCGAGGUGGAAACAGGCGAGAAGCUUUGGGAGGUUCAGUGCUUGCCCACGUUUACGGUGGCCUGGCACCCCAAGCGCCCCCUUCUGGCGUACGCCUGCGAUGACAAGGACUGCAAGUACGACAACAACCGUGAGGCGGGCACCGUCAAACUCUUCGGCCUCCCGAACGACUCCUGAUGCUGCAACCGGUCUACAGAAAGCCCUUCAAGUCUUACGACUAACCUUUUUCCGCCACUAGUGCAACUUUGGCCAACUAAUAUGCAAGUAAACCUUACUAGUAAACUACUGUGCUCCACUAGUAACACUAAUAGACCCAAUCAGUAAGCAUGUUUUGAACUAGUAUCCUCUUUAUCAAGGAUAUCAAAUGUUUUUUUUAUUCAAUGUCCAUUAUAGCCAUCUUAAGAUCCAUAUACUAUUACGCUUUUUUGUCUUCACUAGUAGGACAACUGUCAUACUAGUAGGACUACAUGGUAUGAGUGUGGCAAAACUUUGCACUAGUUGACAACUGUUUUCUACCUGUACUGAAAGUGACAUAAUAUUCAACUAGUAAACAUCUAGUGCUUCUCAAGUAGUACUAGUAGCAUGCAGAUGUCAGCUAGUGCAAAGUUUUGCCUCACUUGUAACAUGUAGUUGUCCUACUAGUAUGCCAAAGUUGGCCUAAUAGUGCACUGGGUUUGCUUACUAGUGACGACAAAGAGCAUACUGGUAUAUGGAUAGCAAGGAUAAAUAAAUGCUCGAACAACUUUAUGAAAAAAUGCUUGAUUAGAACGCUACCAGUGCGUAUGCGUACUAAUUGGGCCCAAUAUUGUUAUUACUGUAUUGCGGCACAGUAGUUGACGAGUAAGUUUUAGUUGCCUAUUAGUAGGCCAAAAGUAGUACCAGAAGUGGCAAAAUGUAACAGUCAUUGUAUUAGUGUGCUGAAUUGUCUUACUAGUACGUACAAAAAAAUUACUAGUACCUCAAAUGGCUUUCCAUGGGAGUCGACCAAUCAGCGAACAUGUGUGUAUGACAUCAUCACCUCUGCCUCCAGUAGGAGGCGCUGCUGUAAAAUAUUGUUUUUAAUGUACAAAAAUGUCAACUUUUGCUAUUAAACAUGCUUUUGUUA